UUCUUCCUUUAGCUUGAUUACUUGAAAUAGUUUCCGGCAAUGGCACAAAAUAUGCCUGAUUGGUCUGAACUUCAACCUGAGUUGCUUGCUCUCAUAGCUAGGCGUUUGAAUCUGAUUGAAGAUUACUCCAUUUUCCGUACUGUCUGCAAAUCCUGGCACUCUGCAGCUACUAAGAACAAUUUUAACAGUGACCUGCCUAGAGUUCCAUGGCUGAUGUUGGCUGAGGAGGAUGGCAGUUCCUCCUGCCGAAAAUUCUUCAGCCUCUAUAAUGGCAUGAUUCUGAAGAAGAGGAUCCCGAAAGCUAGCAGAAAACUAUGUAUGGAGUCUCUGGGUUGGCUUAUUACAGUCGGAGAAGAUGAGGGUGAAGUUAGUCUAUUACAUCCCUUUUCCGGUGUUCAGAUCGAAUUGCCCCAUCAAAAUUCUACCGCAGAUUACAGUGGACGCCGGACCGGCAACCAAUGUACCUUUUUUAAGAAAGCAGUUCUGUCAGCUAGUCCUUCUCAUACAUCCGACUACAUUCUCAUGGUCAUUGAUGGAGGUUAUAUCAAGUUUUGGAAACGAGGAGAUUUGAGAUGGAACAAGAUUAUCUUGGAUCUAGGCACUCGCUCACCACGUUUUGCACGUGGUCGUGAUUUGGUAUAUUUUAAUGGCUACUUUUAUUCAGUAGAUUGUUUGGGCCGCAUCAUAGUUUAUGAUGUUGCUGGCCCUCAAUACCCUAGAAGUCUAUUGGUUGCUCAGAUACCAUUCGGUCACAGAGGUUUUGUAGGGGAAUUGUACAUCCUAGAAUCACUAGAAUCAUUAUUUGUAGUUUCGCGCAAGGGAGUCCAUCUAAGGUACUUCAGAGAUGGAACAACAGAUUUUCGUGUUUUCCAGGUUGAUUUAGCUUCUGGCAAAGGGACAGAAACCAGGGAAUUAGGGGACAGAGCAUUUUUUGUGGGUUAUAAUGCUUCUAUUUCAGUCCAAGCUUCUCAAUUUCCAGGAAUCAAGCCAAAUCAUAUUUAUUUUACAGAUCAUUAUUUGGGAUCAUACCAAACCUUUGAAGAAGGAGGAGGCUUGGACAUGGGGGUGUUCAACUUAGCAGAUGGAAGUAUCCAGCCGCAUUACAACGGUGUUUCCCUGAGUCGUAUUAGUCCUCCAACUUGGGUCACACCAACUCUAUAUUGA